AUGGAGUCACCUACAACUGCCGCUGGUGAUGAACUGGAGAGCUACUUGUCCUUGGGUUUGACAGUAUCCCACUCACAGAAAGAUGAUGCUGAAUUUCCAAAGGUUCUGCUGCUUCUCUCAGCGUAUCUUGACAAGAAGGUUCAGCAGAAUGAAGAGUUACUAGAUUCCAGUAAAAUAAAGGAGUCAACCACUAUCUUUCAUGGUCAGAGGGUGCCUGAACUUAGUAUAAAGCUCUAUGCAGAACGCAUUUUCAAGUAUGCAAAGUGCAGCCCAUCUUGCUUUGUGUUGGGACUUAUCUACAUGGAGAGAUAUCUACGGCAACCAAACAUUUACAUGACGUCAUUUAGUGUCCAUCGCUUGCUUAUUGCAAGUGUUGUUGUUGCUAGCAAAUUCAUAGAUGAUGCGUUUUUCAACAAUGCAUACUACGGGAGAGUUGGAGGAAUUACCACAAGAGAGAUGAAUAUGCUUGAGCUGGAUUUGUUGUUCAGUCUGGACUUCAGGCUCAAAGUGGAUAUAGAGACUUUCGGAAGCUACUGCUUGCAGUUGGAGAAGGAAGCACUGGUUCUUGUUUUGGAGAGACCAAUUCAGGUCCAAGCAGCCAACGUGACUAAACACUUGAUUUGUAACAGCAGUGCCGAUGAGACUUGCAAACACGAGCUCGUGCGGGAAAAGAUAGUUUUGAAAAAGUGCGUGGUCCAAGUACUACUGAUAAUUCUUUUAUUUGACAUUUUGAAAACAUAA